UUUCGAGCUGAAAAAAAUCUACCGCAUGUUAUUAUUUGAUGGUGCAAAAAGGAUUGUUACAAGUGACACUAUUUACCACAUUAUUUGUUAAAAUUUGUACUUGAAAUUUAUUGAUACUUAAUGUGUGCGUCCGGUAAAAAAUUCAACCAAACAUAUUUCAAUGGUGUGUUUUGCGUGGACAUAAUCCUCAGAUGUGCCCAUAUUGUAUAGACUGAACACGAUACUAUUCAUAUAAGUAAUAUUACGAUUUAGCAUUAGUUUAAGGUAAUUUAAAUUGCAGUUAAUUGAAAGUUAUAAAAAGAAAAUGAAAUUAAUAUGAACGCAGGCCUGAACAUUUCGGCCUAAAACGUAGGGUAGACAUGAAAUUUUAAAAUUAAUUUUUGUAAAUUGACGUAUUAGCUAAAUGAUGAAUAAAUUAUCAUCCAACCUUAAUUUGCUGCUAUCUACAAAAUAUGAUCAAUAUUAAAGGACAUUCAGACAAUCAGACAUUCAAACAUUCAGAAACUCAGACAUUGAAACAUUGAGACAGUCAAACAUUUAAACAUUCAGACAUUCACACAUUCAGACUUUCAGAAAUUGAGACUUUCAGACAUUCAGACUUUUAGACAUUAAGGCAUUUAGACAUUCAGACAUUUAGACUUUUAACAUUCAGACAUUUAGAGUUAAUUUUUUUUAGAAAUUCAGUCAUUUAUACUUUUAGAAAUUUAGACAUAUAGAUAUUUAGACAUUCAGCCAUUUAGACAUUUUGGCAUUAUGAUGUUUAGACAUUCAGACAUUCAGAUUUUAUGACUUCACAGAAAUCAUACACGCAUACAUACAAUCAUACAUACAAUCAUAAAUUAAUCAUACCUACAACCAUACUUACAAUCAUACUUACAAUCAUGAUUAUAAUCAGGCUUAUAAUCCCUCAUACAAUCAUACAUUUAAUCAAACAUAGAGUCAUACUAACAAUCAUACUGACAAUCAUAUCAUCCAGAGGCUACACCUAAACGAAAGGUUCAAACUAGUAUCGGAACAAAAUGAUAAUGUUCCCACAUAUUUUCAGAGUCACAUAAUGUUCCCAUGUGCUUUCUCUGUCACAUAAUUUUCUCAUUUGUUUUCGCUGUCACAUUAUGUUCCCACAUGUUUUCACAAAAAUACAAUGUUCCCAUGUGUUUUCUCUGUCACAUAAUGUUCCCAUAUUUUUUCUCUGUCACAUAGUGUCAGUCACAUAAUGUGUCCAUAUGUUUUCUCUGUCAAAUAAUGUUUCCAUAUGUUUUCACUGUAUCAUAACAUCCCCACCUCUUUUCACUGUCACAAAACGUCUUCAUCUUGAAUUACUAUCAAAUGAGCACUUUGCCUGACAGAUGAUACGAUUACGUUUCCAUUAUAGUUAUAAUUUUCUCCGUAUUUUACUUGUAGAAAUUUUAUAGCGAACAAAUUGUACAUAGCGAACUGAUCUCAUAACUAUACAAGCAGACACGCUAAGAGCCAUGUCCAGCUCGGAGCAUGAUGAUGAGAGGCAAUCCCUGCUACAAGGUCGUCAUGCUACCCCACACCACCAUCUGUACACACACACAGACACGGCCGUUGUUCCUAUCAGUGACAUGGACACCAAUGUUGACGUCAUCGAUGGAGGUCACCAGAGGGUACGUCUCGAUUUGCUGUUCGUGUGUGUGUCACCAAAGGGUGUGUCUCCCUUUGUUGUUUGUAUGAGUGUUAUGUCACUUGUCCUAGCAUAUUGAUACAUAUUACAUAGAAUGUAAUAUUAUAUUACAUUAUUACAUAUAUUACAUUCAUAUUAUUGAUACAUAAUUACAAUCCUAAAUGCAAACAUCGUUUAUCACCUCUCUUCUCCCCCCCCCAACCGCCAGACCCGUAGGAGGCACGCCUCAAGUCUGAGCAUUGCCCUAGAAGGCAGUGGACAGCACAACAUUUCCCUGGCCUGGAAGGACAUCUCAGUGACCGUCACAGUUCCUGGGAAGAAGAAUAUCCUCAAACGGGAGUACACACCCCCCGUAGAGAAACGGAUCUUGACCAAUGGUCAGUAUAACUGCGUCUCAAUUUAUCAUUACCUCGAUUUGACAUUUGAAUUUUGAUCUGUUAAAACGAUUUUUAUAACUACUAUCCAAAAGGCUGGACAUGUGAUCUUUAUGAAAUGGACUUUUCUGAAAAAAAAUCUAUAAAUAAGCAUGACGAAAUCUUUAUGCUCGAAAAUCUUUUCACAAGAAAAUCCUGAGUCAAAUCAAGGGCAAAUAAAAUACUAAAAUCUCUCAUAUCUAUUUUGCUUCUGGUAUGUCAUGCUUCCUUUUCGACCCCUCCCCCCCCCCCGCCCCCUCUUUUCUAACCACACCACAACUCCAAAUGUUUUAUAUUAAUAGUACUGAAUGGGAAAAAAAGAAUGUCAUGAGUGACAUGUCAACUCAGGUAAAUGUUUCACAAGAAAAUCCUGAGUCAAAUCAAGGGCAAAUAAAAUACUAAAAUCUCUCAUAUCUAUUUUGCUUCUGGUAUGUCAUGCUUCCUUUUCGACCCCUCCCCCCCCCCGCCCCCUCUUUUCUAACCACACCACAACUCCAAAUGUUUUAUAUUAAUAGUACUGAAUGGGAAAAAAAGAAUGUCAUGAGUGACAUGUCAACUCAGGUAAAUGUGUUUUUCCUUAGGAGGAGGCGACUAUUACACUAAUGAAUAAAAUGAGUAAAACAAAGUAGGGUUAAAGCUGAAAAAAUAAACGCAACAAAACAGCGAACGUGUCGGCAGAAAGCCUUCGUCAGUAAACAAAACAACAGAAAAAACGGUAUACAAAUAAAAAUUAGAAAUAGCACUUAGCUGGUAAGUAGUAUCUGUGGCAGCAAUAGAAAUGUGUCCGGGUGUGUUGAGACUGUAUGACUGUUGUUUAAAAGCAGACAGGCACGGCGCAGGACGGCCCGUUGUCCUACUUCUCAACACACCCGGGCCCGGUUUAAAAACAACAACCUGCCCCGGUUAAGCCCUAGUUAAAUGUAUUUUAUCAAUGUAUGUAUACUUGAUUAGUUUUAUAUUUCCUAGGUGGACGAGAAACGAUCGACCUAUUCCAAAGAGUUGCACAGAUAACUUGCUUUUAGUGGGUAAUUUGUUGUAUCAAAUCAUUUUUAAGACAGAAACCAUUCUUAGAAAGUCUCACAAUCGAGGCUGACAUUACAAUACAAUUUGACCUACAUAAAUGUGUCACUUUCACUUCUCCAGUGUCAGGUGCUGCAGCUUCUGGAUGUUUGCUGGCCAUCAUGGGGGCAAGGUCAGAUAUCGUCAGAUAAUCGUCUUAUAGUUUGAUAAUCACGUUUUUAACGUAUUAAGCAACUAACCGUCAUUUGUAAGACAAAUAAUAAUUUAUUGUUAUAAAAGUCUGUAUGUCUUCUAUUGUAAACUAUCCAAUACCUCUACGACAUUCUCCUCAGUGGCUCAGGCAAGUCAACCCUUCUGAACGUUCUGACGUGCAGGAACACUAAAGCGUAUGCUACACAAGGGGAGGUCAUGUUGAACGGCGUGCCAGUAAGCAGUUAUCCCACUUAAUCUUUUCAAUCCAGUUAUGUUAAGCAUUAGACGCAAAUAAAGGAAAUACACAAUUGUUAAAAUAUUAUUUUGAAAAUAUUUCUAGGGAGAAAUCUUCUUUUAUUUAUUAACGUAACAUUUGUAACAGUUGAACUAUUUGUAUCAAAAACGUAUAUGAUAGCUAGGUAUCUUCAUUUGAACUUACCCAAACUUUUAACUCACUCCUGAAUCAUCUGUUCGGAAAAUCGGGGAAAAAAAACACAGAAUUCUAUUAUCGAAAGAAGAAUUUUUUAACUAGUUUUCACAUUUAGUACAGUCUUUUGUUUUUAAAUAAAUAUUCUUAAUAUCAUUUAAAUUUACCUGUCUUUUUCCAUGAGCCCUAAUUUGUAUUUGCAGUAAAAUGGAAAUACAUUUUUUAAAACAUUAUUUCUUAAGAAAAUGUUAACCCACAUUUGUUCACGCCCAUGAACUGUGAUUUUGGGAAAUAAAAAAAAAGGGAAACUUUUUUUUUUAAAGUUUAAGAUUCGCGUCAGAAAAAUUGUUGCGUUCAUUAAUAUUGUUAUCCAUAUAAAAAUGUAUCCACUUUCUUUCACAACUUAAAUGUUUUUUCGCGAAACGCUUUAAAUACAUUUGAAAUAGAGACAUAUAGUUUCCUCAUUAAUAUGGGCCCACAUGUUAUCCUCGCACCUUAGCUGUAUAUUUGGACUAUUGGGAAAACUUGCGACUCCCUUGGCUUCAAAGAAAAUUGUAUUCUCUAGUUUUAACUUUCCAUCUUCAGAGUUCAAAGAAAAUUGUAUUCUCUAGUUUUAACUUUCCAACUUCAUUAAGUUUUGAGGUAUUGACACACGUUGUUCUCUAACAUUGAUGUACUAUGUUGACACACGUAUGUAAAUCUGCACACAAUGUGUCAAGGAAGGUCACCUGUUGUUCUCUAACAUUGAUGUUCUAUGUUGACACACGUAUGUAAAUCUGCACACAAUGUGUCAAGGAAGGAUGUGUCUGUGGUAGGAUGCGUCUGUGUUUGGAUGUGUCUGUGCUAGGAUGUGUCUGUUGUAAGAUGUGUCUGUGGUAGGAUGUGUCGGUGGUAGGAUGUGUCUGUGGUAGAAUGUGUCUGUGGUAGGAUGUGUCUGUGGUAGGAUGUGUCUGUGGUAGGAUGUGUCUGUGGUUGGAUUUUAUGUGUUUAGAUGUGUCUGUGGUAGGAUGUGUCUGUGAAGGAUGUUUCUGUGGUCGGAUGUGUUUGUGGUAGAAUGUGUCUGUGGUAUUGAUGUGUCUGUGGUAGGAUGUGUAUGUGGUAGGAUAUGUAUGUGUAGGAUGUUUCUGUGGUAGGAUGUGUCUGUGAUAGGAUGUGUCUGUGGUAGGAAUUGUCUGUGGUCGGAUGUGUCUGUGGUAGGAUGUGUCUGUGCUUGGAUGUGUCUGUGGUAGAAUGUGUCUGUGUUUGGAUGUGUCUGUGGUAGGAUGUGUCUGUGGUAGGAUGUGUCUGUGGUAGGAUGUGUCUGUGGUAGGAUGUUUAGAACAUUAUUGCAAUAAAUAAAUAAAAAAUUAACUAGAAACUAGAGUCCGGUGUGAACCCUAUUUAAACUUUGAAAUUUUGCUAUUCUAAUGUCCCAGCCCUUAGUUAUCAUAAUAUUCUAAUGUCCCAUUCCUGAACUAUCAUAAUAUUCUAAUUUCCAAGCCCUGAAUUAUCAUAAUAUUCUAAAAUCCCGACGCUGAACUAUCGUAUUAUUCUAAUGUUCCAACCCUGAACUAUCAUAAUAUUCUAAUGUUCCAAACCUGGACUAUCAUAAUACUCUAAUGUCCGAACCGACCCACUUAAAGUCAACCUCUCAAGCUGAAACUUGGUACAAAGAUUCGUUGCAAAGGACAAAACAUUCGAUCAAACUUUUCAACACCCAGCCCCAAACCGAAACAUCAGAUUGUCCUGCUUUUCUAGGGGAAGAUGAAGAAAAUAUGAUGACACUGAUUUCAGGAAAUAGCAUUCCCGAUAACUGCGCUAAAAGAGACCAUUAUAAAAAAAAAUAUUGCAAGUGAGUUUGGUGCGUAAUAUUUGCCCCAGUUUUUCUGAAAUUGCUUGUGAAAUAAAUCUGCGGUGUAAAAGCCGGCGGGUCAUUCGAAUAUUUAUAGAGUUCUGGGGCUUCUAAAUAAAACUCAUGUUGCGAGCUUUCGGGGGUGUGGAAGCACUCAAUGGGAUUGUUAUUAAGAUCGUUCUUGACUUGUUUGUAAGCCCCCCCCCCCCUCAAAUUGCUCGAUAUUCCAUUUUAUAAAGGAUUUAUACGAAAACCAUUGUUUUAAUUAACGUUAAAUUUUGAAUUUGUAUUAUUAAGGGCCCUCUUUCUCUCUCUCUUUGACUUGUUUGUAAGCCCCCCCCCCCUCAAAUUGCUCGAUAUUCCAUUUUAUAAAGGAUUUAUACGAAAACCAUUGUUUUAAUUAACGUUAAAUUUUGAAUUUGUAUUAUUAAGGGCCCUCUUUCUCUCUCUCUCUCUCUCUCCUCGAAUGUCCCUCUCCUCGAAUGUCCCUCUCACUCGAAUGUCCCUCUCACUCGAAUGUCCCUCUCCUCGAAUGUCCCUCUCCUCGAAUGUCCCUCUCCUCGAAUGUCCCUCUCCUCGAAUGUCCCUCUACUCGAGAGUAACUUGUGUAUGAAACGUUAGUUUUUCGUUUACACGUGUGACAUUAUAAGAUUUCUCGUGCGGUGUUCACCUGGUGAACGGCUGGAAAAGAAUACUCGAUGAAGGCGGGUGGACACUGUCUCUCAAAUUAUUAUGGUUGACCGCGUCUGCUACGUCGAGUGAACGGGUGGGUGGGUGAGCUGUGGACUAUUUUUUAGUGUUAGGCCUAGGUGAAGAUUUAAAUCCUUUUUAACCGGGAUUUUGUAAGCGUUUGGGAGUUUAAGAAAAUAAAAAAAUGUCACGUUUAAUUUAAAUAUUACAAUUAAUUUUAAUGUUCUGCUUACUUUCUGUAACAUCUAGAUUAACAGUGGCAUGAGAAACAUCUCAGCAUAUGUCCAGCAGAGUGACCUCUUCAUCCACACCUUGACUGUCCGGGAGCAACUGCAGUUUAGGGUGAGUUUCAUCAUCAUCAUCAUCCUUCAGAUCCAGUGGCCGUUGGGGCAUGUGCCCUUCACCAUGUGGCGAUUUGGGCAUGUGCCCUUCAUCCUCUGGGCAUUUGGGGAUUUGGCCAUUCGGCCUUAGGCCAUGCUGAAACAUUUACACACUCACCCGCAGCCAUUCUUUGUUGGAAUAUAGAAGGUUGAUGUGUAGGUUUUGGUAGAGGGUGUUGUUGUAUAGGGUUUUGAUGUAUAGGUUGUUAGUAUAUAGUGUGUUGGUAUAUAGGGUGUUGGUUUAUAGGGUCUUGCUGUAUAGGGUGUUGGUGUAUAGGGUCUUGGUGUAUAUGGUGUUGGUGUAUAGGAUGUUGGUGUGUAGGGUGUUGGUACAUAUGGUGUUGGUACAUUGGGUUUUUGCACAUAGUGUGCUAGGACACAUGGUGCUGGUGUAUAGGGUUUUGGUAUAUAUUGUAUUGGUAUAUAGGGUGUGGAUAUAUAGGGUGUUGGUGUAUAGGGUGUUGGUGUAGAGGGUGUUGGUGUAGAGGUUGUUGGUGUAGAGGGUGUUGGUGGGUAGGUUGUUGGUGUAGAGGUUGUUGGUGGAGAUGGUGUUGGUGUAGAGGUUGUUGGUGUAGAGGGUGUUUUUGAUAGAUGGUUUUAGACAUUAUUCUUGAAGUCCUGGGCAGUGGAAGAGGUGAUAUGUUGCUGUCUCAUUUAGAUGUUUGCAGGGGUGUCGGAAUUAGUGCUCUAUCAUAUGAUAUACGGCAAAAAAUGGUCAGUAAGUUGCAUGCAUUCUAUGCGCAGGCAAAAAAUUAUGACCUGUUCGUGCCAUAUGAGGCAUAUAUGUGAAAACACAUGUUCCUCUUCAGCCUACAGCCCAUCCAUUAAACCACGUUUUUAUGUUAGCGCUGAUAGUCUGCUUGGCAUUGUUGAGUGAUGCAGGUCUGUUUAGAAGUGUUGUGUGAUGUAGGUAUGCUUGGCAGUGUUGAGUGAUGUAGGUCUGUUUAGAAGUGUUGUGUGAUGUAGGUAUGCUUGGCAGUGUUGAGUGAUGUAGGUCUGUUUAGAAGUGUUGUGUGAUGUAGGUCUGCUUGGCAGUGUUGACUGAUGUAGGUCUGUUUAGAAGUGUUGUGUGAUGUAGGUAUGCUUGGCAGUGUUGAGUGAUGUAGGUCUGUUUAGAAGUGUUGUGUGAUGUAGGUAUGCUUGGCAGUGAUGAGUGAUGUAGGUCUGCUUGGCAGUGUUUAGUGAUGUAGGUAUGUUUGGCAGUGUUGAGUGAUGUAGGUCUGCUUGGCAGUGUUUAGUGAUGUAGGUAUGUUUGGCAGUGUUUAGUGAUGUAGGUAUGUUUGGCAGUGUUGAGUGAUGUAGGUAUGUUUGGCAUUGUUGAGUGAUGUAGGUAUGGUUGGCAGUGUAAGUGAUGUAGGUCUGCUUGGCAGUGUUGAGUGAUGUAGGUCUGCUUGGCAGUGUUUAGUGAUGUAGGUAUGCUUGGCAGUGUUGAGUUAUGUAGGUAUGUUUGGCAGUGUUGAGUGAUUAGGUAUGUUUGGCAGUGUUCAGUUAUGUAGGUAUGUUUGGCAGUGCUGAGUGAUGUAGAUCUGUUUGACUUUUCAUUGGAUGCUCCCAGUCUUGUUAGUUUGCUUGCUGUUUCAUUUCCUGAUGCAUUGUGGUGUCCUGGUGCAGUGUGGUAUCCUGGUGCAUUGUGGUGUCCUGGUGCAUUGUGUCGUCCUGGUGCAUUGUGGUGUCCUGGUGCAUUGUGGUGUCCAGGUGCAUUGUGAUGUCCUGGUGCAUUGUGGUGUCCUGGUGCAUUGUGGUGUCCUGGUGCAUUGUGUCAUCCUGGUGAUUGUGUUGUUCUGGUGGAUUGUGGUGUCCUGGUGCAUUGUGGUGUCCUGGUGCAUUGUGGUGUCCUGGUGCAUUGUGUCAUCCUGGUGAUUGUGUCGUCCUGGUGCAUUGUGGUGUCCUGGUGCAUUGUGUCGUCCUGGUGAAUUGUGGUGUCCUGGUGCAUUGUGGUGUCCUGGUGCAUUGUGGUGUCCUGGUGCAUUGUGGUGUCCUGGUGAAUUGCAAGGUUGGCUUGACUGCAUUGGUUUUGAGGUGUUUUUGUUUUAUUUUUUUUAAAGUAGUUGUUUCACUGUAGUUGUUGUUAGAUCUUGAUGCUCAGCUGAUGCUGAUGCUGAUUUAUUGGCUCUUAGAGGAUCACACAAUUACUUUGUUUGCUGGGAGAAAUUGUGAAGAUUACAGAUUUGACAUUCAAAGAGAGGUCCGCUGGGACGAGCAUAUUAACAAUGUAUGUAACCAAGCAAACAAGACUCUAGGGUUCUUAAGGCGAAAUCUAAAGAUUGACAACUCCUGUGUGAAAGAAAGAGCAUAUAAAGCCUGUGUCCUUCCGAUUUUAGAUUAUGCAUCUUCAGUCUGGGACCCAUUUACUCAGAAGAGCAUUGACAGGUUGGAGGCGCUCCAGCGACGAGCAGCGCGAUUUGUCCUAAACCGCUACAGGAAUACCUCUAGUUUUGGCAGCAUGCUGGAAACCCUAGGCUGGUCACCAUUGGAGAAACGACGACGACAAUCCAGGCUCUCCAUGAUGUACAAGAUAAAUAAUGGGCUGGUCCACUGUUCCAGUAUUAAACAGAAACUCUUCCCUCUCCCCCAUAGACAGCGACGAGGCCAUGACAGGCAAUUCAGGCUCAUACCAGCAAGAAGCCAGUAUAGGAGCUGCUCAUUCCGGCCAAAGACAAUCAGGGAGUGGAACAAUCUUUCAAAAAGAACGGUUGAGGCGACAACACUAGACACAUUUGUGUCUAUUGCCUCAAGCCUUCUAACCCCUAGUGCAUGAUUCCCUCACAAAGUGGCACUGGAAAUCUGUGAAAUUUCCUCAUCAACACCAGGAACAGAAAGAUUGCAAAUCCCAUCUACAUGCAUAGGAGCCAAAAUGAUCAAUAAAUUGAUCGUGGGCCCUUAAGAUAUAGAAGAAGAAUAAGAGAAGUGGUGUAGCGCUGCUUCAAUGGGGGUUUCUUCUGCUUUAUAAUGACUGCAGAUCGCCCCAGGAGUAGAAAUUGAGAGUGCCGAAGGCUCCCAAUCGAAAGUGGUGAGAGGGGGUCGGAUGUUAGGUCUGAGUGAGCCCUUCUCUAGAAAAUUCUAGAUGAAUUCUUGCAUUUUGAGACAUACGUCAAGUUAAGUUACCUUAUUUCACAAUUUCCCUGGAUAUGUAGCCGACACUUGAAUGUGUUGUGUUCAUACAAAGUUUGUGUCCGUUUACUUGUCUGUUUUUGCUUCUUACCACUAAUUGUAUUUUAUAAUUCUUGGAAUUAAAAUCUUAUUUGUUUAAACUACUUCAUUAACAAAUGAUUUUAAAAAAUACUACCAAAAAUAAAAAAUUCCGUAAAAUACAUUGCCCGUCCCAAAAAGUACUGCUAACAUUGUAAAACGGGCAGGACUAGAAUGAAACGUAACUAUAAUAAAUAAAUGUUUCAUUUUUUAAAUGUAAAUAUUUACAAAUGACACCCCAAAAACUGGUACACACAAUGUUUUGUAGAAAAGUUCUAGAAGGGUGAUGCCCUUAGAAGCGAUAUGCCCUGGGCAACUGCCCAUUGUGCCCAUGGCGUAAGAAGGCACUGCCCGUAAAGGUGAAAAUAACGGAUGGUAGUCAUUUAUAAAUGAUGACCUACCCUGGGCGUUCUUGGUUAUUACAAGUCUUUGUCAUUACAGGCACUUCUCAGAAUGGACAGAAAAUUAGACAAAAGGGCGAGAUUGGCGAGAGUUGAAGAGGUUAUAACUGAGGUAAUGUUGAAGAUGUUAAAUCUGAGGUAGUGUUGUCUUCAAAUAUUAUAACUUUCUAACAAUACAACUACGUAUAAAAUAUAUUUAGAACAAAUAUUUAUAUAAAUAAGACCAUGCACAAGUAAUUCUUGUCAUUUUUAAACACAUGGCUGUUUAUAUUGAACAAGAUGUUCUAUAAAAAGCCCGUUAAUUUAAAAAAAAAAAGAAAUAAAAAUUUUAUUAGUUCUGGCGAUGCAGCCUACAAAACUAGGGUAACAUUCUGUUAACAUAAGAAGAGAAAUUUUCAGAUGGGUCUUCAAGGAUGCGCGAACUCUCGUAUCGGAGCCGCCCAUGGGACAAAGAAGGGUAUUUCAGGGGGAGAAAGAAAGAGGCUCUCAUUUGCAUCAGAGGCGUUAACCAACCCACCAAUAUUCUUCUGUGAUGAGCCGACAUCGAGUCUUGAUACAUUUAUGGCACAGAGCAUUGUACACACCUUGCAGGUAAAAAAAAAGUUUUUAUUAUAUCUUCUUGGCAAAUAGAAUCGUCCACACAUUGCAGGCAAAAAGUUUGAAUCGCAUACACUAUAGUUAUAGCUAUUGCUGACAUUAUUUCCCCUUAGAUUUACAGAGCAACUAACUAAAUUAUUGUAGAUCUUUUAUUAUUACUGAGUUUCAUGACAAAUUCUGUGGCAGCCAUUUAUUUCAAGUACUAACAUCACUACCUUACAAAUACUCUCUAACAGAGAAUGGCUGCACGGGGGAGAGCCAUCUUAUGCACCAUCCAUCAGCCAUCCUCGGAACUAUUUGCUUUAUUUAAUCAGUGAGUCUGCCAUGUGCUUUGUGGCAUAUGUCGAGUGUAAUUUUUUUAGUGUCAUGUGUCAAGUGUCUUGUGCUUAGUGGCAUGUGUCGAGUGUCAUUUUUUGAGUGUCAUUUGUCAAGUGUCAUGUGUCUAAUGGCAUGUGUCAUGUGUCUGGUGUCAUGUGUCGGGGUCAUGUGCUUAGUAUCAUGUGUCUAGUGCAAUAUUGCAAACGCUAGACACCAAUAAGUUAUAAGAUUGAAAUGACAGUGUCAUAGAAGUAGUUCACUUCUGUAUUUGACAAUGCAUGUUGAUUCCACAGAGUACUUUUGUUAUCUGAAGGGCGAGUUGCAUUUAUGGGGACAUCAAAAGAGUGCAUUGACUUUUUCAACAGGUAAUAUAAGCACUUAUGAUUGACUUUUCAACAGGUAAUAUAAGCACUUAUAAUUGACUUUUUCAACAAGUAAUAUAAGCACUUAUAAUUGACUUUUUCAACAGGUAAUAUAAGCACUUAUACUUGACUUUUUAAACAGGCAAUCUAAGCACUUAUAAGAUACUGUUAUAUGUGAUCUUUUCAUAGCAACGUAUUUCUGUUAUAUCACUUUAUUACUAUAAUAUCACUGUACUAGACUGAUUUUUUAAAAAAAAUAUAUCAAUGUAUUCUUAAAAUUAUCUGGAGGAACAACUUGAGUGAAUUCUUAACUUCUGGUUUAUAACAAACAAAAUUGUGUCAGUUAUUCACAAGAACAUUUUAGAAUGUAUUAUUUUGGCAAUUUUCUACCAUUGCUACUGUCAAACGAAAACCUGAACAAGACAUUUCUUAUUUGAACAAAAGUGGAUUAUCAAUGAGGCGCGAAUGGCAUGAGGCUUUGGAAGUAAUUGAUUACAGCGAAAAUGAAAUGUAAAAUAUACAAUCUUAACUGCCAGCUAAAUGAAAUAAGUGAUUAUUUUUAACUCAAUUUUUUGUAAAAAGUCUUUCUUUAAAUGUUUAUUCCAGGAUGCGUUACCCUUGUCCAUCGAACUUUAACCCCAGUGACCACUACAUCUUAACACUUGCGAUUGUGCCUGGGAGAGAAGAUGAGGCCAGGGCGCGGACAAAGGUCAGAUCAUGAAUGGACAGUUCAAUCAUUAUUUUAAAAAAAAAUAUUGUAAUGCUUUAUCUCUAGACAGCCUUACACGUGUAGUGGCUCAAAGGCCUCAGGCGAUUUCGAAGGAGUUUGACAUAAGCCCCAGACUACCAACUCACUUUCAGAGCGUCAAUAAAUCAUCUAGACUAGGAACAGUAAACUUUCGGUAUGAACAGGUCUAUUUCACUUCGGGUGUGAAUAACUUAUAAGUCCACCCUGCAAAACGCAUUGUAAGGCAUCAUAAAUAUGCUUUGAUCUUUCGCGUGCCAAAGAAAAUCCUAUGAAAUAGCAAAACGAGGUCUGUGGAAGCUUGGAUUAGAGAACAGGACAAAAAGAUUAGGACGUUCCGGCACAGAGCCUUCUUCAGCACACAAGCAAAAUGAAGCUAUCACAAAGAACAGAGUAAAUCACAGACACGCACAGUGAACCACUCAAGGAAUAUCUACGGUUGAUGACCCCAUCGAAAGUCGAGUAUAAGUGCUUAUAAGUAUCUACCCGUUGAAAAAGUCAAUGUACUCUUUUGAAGACCCCAUGAAAAUCACUAUGCGUGCAAAAUCUGGCACGUGCGCGCAGGUAGCCGCCUCUGGUCUAGACCAGGCCAAAUGUAAUUCACCACCUGACUACGACAACCCGACACCAUUGAUAGUGAGCUUCGUCUGAAGUGUAGUCAACUUUUGGUCGAAAGUUUUCUGUCAAGAAUCGUGUUUAGUGCCCUUGUGAUGUUUUGUCGACCGUUCUAGGGCAGCGUCCCCCAAAUGGUGAUCCGUGGACCGGCACCACUUCGCCAGCCUUUCGUUACCGGUCGGCACAGCAUGGAUAUGUAUGCUGAAAUAACAAAUAAAUAUAAUUCAUAAUUCAUGCACAGGACUCAAGUAACAUUUCGAAACGUGUCCAGCGGUGCACGAAAAUAAAAUAAAAAAUGGAAAUGCUGCUCUAGAAUGAUAUCAUUUUAUUAUCAUUUUAUUAUCAUUUUAUUAUCAUUUUAUUAUCAUUUUCUUAUCAUUUUAUUAUCAUUUUAUUAUCAUUUUAUUAUCAUUUUAUUAUCAUUUUAUAAUCAUUUUAUUAUCAUUUUAUUAUCAUUUUAUUAUCAUUUUAUUAUCAUUUUAUUAUCAUUUUAUUAUCAUUUUAUUAUCUUUUAUUAUCAUUUUAUUAUCAUUUUAUUAUCAUUUUAUUAUCAUUUUAUUAUCAUUUUAUUAUCAUUUUAUUAUCAUUUUAUUAUUUUUUUAUUAUCCUUUAAUUAUUAUUUUAUUAUACUUUUAUUAUCCUUUUAUUAUUUUAUUAUCCUUUUAUUAACACUAAAACAAAAUCCCUCUGAACCAUUAUUAAGACUGAUGCCCUCUAAUCUAUCACAGGCUCUCCUCCAAUUUGUCAGGUUAGUUUCGAUUUAAAAAACCGGAACCUACAAACUGAAAGGAUCUCUGGGCUUCAUUGCUUUGUCUUUCACGCUCUGAAUCGUUUAGUCCCCACUCCACCCAGGCUCGUGCACUCUGUGCGCACAAGGUUUAGUCCCCACUCAACCCAGGCUCGUGCACUCUGUGCGCACAAGGUUUAGUCCCCACUCCACCCAGGCUCGUGCACUCUGUGCGCACAAGGUUUAGUCCCCACUCCACACAGGCUCGUGCACUCUGUGCGCACAAGGUUUAGUCCCCACUCCACCCAGGCUCGUGCACUCUGUGCGCACAAGUUCCUACGCCGGCCAGGCUUUUACACCCACACCUGGGCUAUUUUCACAUAACACCUGGACAGAAAUUUAUUUGAAAUAAAUUUCAGUGACGGAAAAUUGAUAGAAAUUUGAUCGAACGGAAAUUUGUUCCAAUAUUUUUUUCAUUUCACACAAGCAAAUUUUUGUUAAAUUAUCUUUUGAACGCUUUAUACUAAAUGUUUAAAAGAAAAUGCGUUCAAAAAAAAAUUUAAAAAGAAAUUUGACGCACAAUUUUAAAAUGUGAUCUGAAAAAAAGAUUCGACCAAACUUUCGUUCGUUCAAAUAGCCGUCGAUCAAUUUUAUGUCGAUGAGAUUUCUUUCAAUAAAUUUCCGGAUACGCACCUGGACUACUUCAUAAAAUAAAUAGCUAACUUAUCAGGGACUCUUACCUCGUUUGUCUGUAUUACGCAUGACUAUACCAUGUUAAGACGAUAUCUCAAUCAAGUUGAUCAAUUACUCUAGGCGAUUUGUGAUGGUUUUAUGGACAGCCCACAAGCCAGGUACAUCAAAGAACAGAUUGAGACCCAAAAACGAGAGGUGGAUUUGUCUGACCAUAUACUGGUACGAUGGAUUGAUGAAAGGGUGUAUCAAAGGAGUAUGGCUGGAUUCUGGGAUGGAUGUCUGGAAGUCGGUCGGGUGUCGGGAUGAACUGAGCUGUGUGUGGAUGAUCUGAGCUGUGUGUGGAUGAGCUAAGCUGUGUGUGGAUGAGCUAAGCUGUGCGUGGCUAGAUUGAAAAGCGAAGAGUUUUUAUGAGCAGUGGAUGACAGGAUAUGUGCAGGGAGAAUGGAGUUUUGAGAAGUCAUUAGGAGAAUGUAUUAUUGGACAAGCACAGGGAUAAUGUGUUAUUGGAUAAGCGCAGGGAUCAUCUGUUAUUGGAUAGGUACAGAGAUAAUGUACUAUUAGUUAUUCACAGGGAUAAUGUACUAUUGGAUAGGUACAGGGAUCAUGUGUUAUUUCAUGUCUCAUUCCUAAGAAAGUCUUUCCAUUUAUACAAAUGUACAAAACAAUAAUUAGAUUUCAUUUAUUGGUAACGAGGAAUGAAUGUUUGUUAGAAAUAUAAAGACAGCCAGACAUACAUCUAAGCAAAGUAAUGGGUUUCAAGUAAUGUUAUUAACCUCAAUGAAAGUAUGUAUUUUUUUUUAAUGGACAUUUUUUAUGUGUUACAGAUGAAUGAAGUGACCGGAGAAUCCAGGUAUUUUAGUUAUAGAUUUCAAGUAUUAUUAUGUUAUUGACUGUUAUGCAAAUAAAAUAUUAAAGUGCCAAUGUAAUGCUGACAAAGUAGAUAUAGAACUUGACAUUUUUAGAAACUGAAACGUUCUUCAAAAUCUCAAAUCGAUUUUAAAAAAAAGUUUUUUUACAUUUUCACGUCCGCUCCCCAUCAUGCACACUCUCCCACCACGCCAAUUUCUCCCACGACGCCCAUUUCUCCCAACACCCCCCAUCUCUCCCACCAAUCCCACCACGCUCAAUUCUACCACCACGCCCACGUCAUCCAACACACACAAUUCUCCCACCAUGCUCACCUCUCACACCACGCCCGAUUCUCCCACCCCGCCCAAUUCUCCAGCACGCCUACUUCUCCUACCAAGCCCACCUCUCCCACCACGCCUACUUCUCCCACCACGCCCACCUCUCCCACCACGCCCACUUCUCCCACCAUGCCCACCUCUCCCACCACGCCCACUUCUCCCACCAUGCCCACCUCUUCCCACCACGCCCAAUUCUCCCACCAUGCCCACCUCUCCCACCACCUCCCAAUCUCCCACCUUUACACGCACCUGAAAAUUUAAAUGAGAAGAAAAGUUAAAUGUACAGUCAUACUGUAGUCAGCACGACACAGGUGAAACAGCCAAGUGUCUUUUAUAGCUGUGUUUGAAUGUGUCUUCACUAGAUACUCUUCAUCCUUGAUGGUCCAAGUGGUCAACCUGUUCUGGAGAUCUUGGACAUCACAGUACAGGGAUGAUAUGCUGUUUGGUGUCAGAAUCAUGCAGACUGUGGUAAGUAGAAUCGCCACGAUAUACUUUGGUGUAUAUGUCAGUGGUCGGAGCAACAGAAUAAGAGUGUUAUAGUUCAAGGACGGGAUAUACAAAAGGACCAAUCAAAAGUACUGGUUAAAAUCAAGACACCUCUGUGCCAGUCGUCAAAUGCAACCUUCUUCCAGUAUUUUUAUUGCAUUGUAACAAACCAAUAUUUGGGUGAGAGUAGAAAAUAAUGUUUAUUGGUAAUUCAGAUUAUUAUAUAUGUAUUUUGAUGAGUUACUAUUCAGUAAUUUUUCCAACAAACUUAAAGGUUUUUGUCUCAGCCUGAACUCGUAUUAAAUGUGUGGUUUAGAACCUGUAGCCCCUAGACUACUUACAUUUUGAGGCCCAAGACUACUUACAUUUUGAAGCCCUAGACUACUUACAUUUUGAGGCAAUAGACUACUUACAAGUUGAGGCCCUAGUUUACUUCCAUUUUAAGGCCAUCGACUACUUAAAUUUUGAGGCCCUAGAAAUUUUCAUUUUGAGGUCCUAGACUACUUACAGUUUGAGGCCAAGCCUACUUUUUUUUAGGCCCUAGACUAUUAACAUUUGAAAGCCAACCCAUAAUCAUUAAAAAAAAAUGCAUUUCUUCCAUCUUCUGCUAAGACCAUUGGCUUGAAGUCUGGCAUCAUCUUUUCCUUUAACAUCAGAGUUCAAAAGAAUAGCGGAAUCAAGCAUAACAUCAUUACCAGAGGGCCCCCGGGCCCCCCACCCACCCCAGCAGCCACAGUGUUUGCAAGGCCUGGUGACAAUGUUAUUUUGACCACGAUGUGCACUGAUUUUAACGUAAUCAUUUAUAAUAAAAUCAACGAAAUAGAAGACUAAUAAUUUAAGGAGACCAAUUUUAUAGUUAUAGAUUCCCACCUUUGGAGAGACAAAAAGUAAUCAUUUUAAAAACCAAAUUAUUGAAUAAAUAAAAUCAUGAACAAAAAUGUAUUUCAAUUUUAUAGAUUUUAAAAUUUUCAUGUUUCAAGGGCGAGAAUCUAUAAGUUGUGCUUCUUAAAUUUUUCGACCUAUGCGAUGUUGGAGGCCCUAGGCUUAAACCUACUUAAUCUAUACGUAAAUCCUGUACUGGAUGAAACACUUGGAAAUGUGUAUCCCCAGGUGAUGGCCUUGGUUCUAGGUCUGGUGUACCUACAGUUAGACGUCGACCAGAAGGGCGUGAUGAACAUCAACGGAGCCUUGUUCCUGCUGCUGACCAACGUCUCCUUCACCAACAUGUUCGCCGUCCUCACGGUAGUGUUAAGAUAGAGAUUGCAUGACCCAAGUACUGGAUCAUUUGUUUUAUAAUAUAUCUUUGGAACAUACAUUUCUAUUUGAUACGCACCAUUUAUUUUCAACGCUCAUCUUUGUGAGAGAGUCUAUAAGAUACAUACAUUAACCUAAGAUGUCCACAACUUUGUGAGAGAGUCUAUAAGAUACAUACAUUAACCUAAGAUGUCCACAACUUUGUGAGAGAGUCUAUAAGAUACAUACAUUAACCUAAGAUGUCCACAACUUUGUGAGAGAGUCUAUAAGAUACAUACAUUAACCUAAGAUGUCCGCAACUUUGUGAGAGAGUCUAUAAGAUACAUACAUUAACCUAAGAUGUCCACAACUUUGUGAGAGAGUCUAUAAGAUACAUACAUUAACCUAAGAUGUCCACAACUUUGUGAGAGAGUCUAUAAGAUAUUUUGAAAAAUUAGUGGUAACUAGUUUUUGAGCAUGCAUGUUUCUGUGCUAUACAUAAAUGUAACGAUGUAGAUAAUGCUAUAAAUAAGUGUAACAAUGUAACCUAUGCUAAAAAUUACAUUGCAGUCAUUCCCCGAAGAGAUGGGAAUUGUUAUGAGAGAGUAUGGCUCUGGUUUGUACAGAAUUGAUCUUUACUACUUCACAAAAACUAUGGCAGAGGUAAGAGGUACUUACUGCACUUACAUUGAUUAUGGCAGAGGUAAGAGGUACUUACUGCACUUACAUUGAUUAUGGCAGAGGUAAGAGGUACUUACUGCACUUACAUUGAUUAUGGCAGAGGUAAGAGGUACUUACUGCACUUACAUUGAUUAUGGCAGAGGUAAGAGGUACUUACUGCACUUACAUUGAUUAUGGCAGAGGUACUCAAUGGACAUACCUUUACUCUCUUUUACACCAGUGUUUAUUGUUAAAAAUACGUUUCUAUUAUGGAAUAAAUUGGACUUACAAGUUAUAAAUACUACUAUAGCAACUUCAUUGGAAACAUUACUAAAUGUAAAAUCUUAUUAUCUAUUUGUUCCUUUGCUUUGCUUUAAUUGCCUUAAAAAUAUAACGGAUUCUGAAGAAGGGGCAACUUCAUGAUUUUGUACCGUUCUGUUGCAGAUCCCUUUGUUCACGGUGAUCACAGUGCUCUUCUCAUCGACCUGCUACUGGAUGAUGGGUCAGUUCUCCCAUUAGCCGUCUUCUUAUUGCUAGUGUUUAAUAUGUGACCAUUUUCAAUAACAUAAAAUGUAUCAAAAUUUGGCAACGACGUCAACAUGUUAUUGUUAUAACUUCUGUUAUAACUGACGCUCUAUGAAAGCUGCAUGUUCAUGAAUGAUGUUCAUUUACCCCAGGCUUGAGACAGAGAGCUAACCAACUAUUACUGACAUGUUUGUACUUUAUACCUGAUAUUAUUUGUAAUUUAUGCAAGAUAUUGUUUGUAACGUAACCAGAUACUGUUUGGAACCUAUACCAGUUGCUGAAUGUUUUACAGGAUUUCAUGACACAUUGGAGGCCUUCAUUGUGGCGACGGGGGUAACUCUUGCAGCAGGAAUUAUCUGUGUCAAUGUUGGUAUGUAGCACAUGUCUUGAAGACGUAGACUGUGUCAAAUUUGGUAUGUAGCACAUGUCCUGAAGUCGUAGACUGUGUCAAUGUUGGUAUAGAGCAAAUGUCUUGUAGUCAAAGUUCGUGUGGGUGUACCAAUAAGUGGUUUAACUGUACCAGUAUGGUAUUUGUGUAGCUGUACCAGUACGGAAUUUGUGUAGCUGUACCAGUACGGAAUUUGUGUAACUGUACCAGUACGGGAUUUGUGUAACUACAUUAGAACAUGUCAUCAGUAUCUGAUGGAAUUGAUAAAGUUAAAGAAUCAACAAAUAAAAUUAAUCAAUCUUAUGUUGGUCAAAAGGGGGUGGGGGAUGAUGAACACCGAUGGAGCGUUGUCCACUUACUUACCAACAUAAUUAAAUAGUUGUGUCUCAAAUACUCAAUUUUUAAAAAAAAAUUGUAUUCUUUCUCUCUCCAAUCAUUUAGCGUUACUACUUGGAAGGAGACAUGUGAAAUUUGAUGUCGAUACUAACAUCUCAUCUUUAAAUUAGUUUGUAGCAGUCACAUGUAUAAUCCCAAUACAGAAUAACUUCUUUAGUCAGAAUGUGUGUGCUAUAGAAAAUAUAGUUGAUUUGGAAGGGCACCAAGUGCGGUACCAAAUGGAACACCAAGUGGGACAAUGAGUGGGGCACUAAGUGGGGCACCGAGUGGGGCACCGAGUGGGACACCAAGUGGGGCACCAAGUGAUCAUAUUUCUCUAUCCUUUUCAGGUUAUUUGAUUUCUGUGAUUACAGGGGACACAACGCUAGCUCUUUCUGUGGCUUCACCCGCAUUAAUCCCCUUUAUGCUUUUUGGUGGAGUUUUUCUCAAUGGAGAGUAAGUUCUUAGGUAGUGUUUUUGAAAAAAAUCAUGUUUAUAAUGAUGAAACACCAACAAUCCAUGCGUAUAAAACAACAAAAAUCCAUACGUUUAAACACCAACAAUCCAUACGUAUAAAAGACCAACAAUCCAUAAGUAUAAAACACCAACAAUCCAUAAGUAUAAAACACCAAAAAUCCAUAAGUAUAAAACACCAACAAUCCAUACGUAUAAAACACCAACAAUCCAUAAGUAUAAAACACCAACAAUCCAUACGUAUAAAACACCAACAAUCCAUAAGUUUAAAACACCAACAAUCCAUACGCAUAAAACACAAACAAUCCAUACGUAUAAAACACCAACAAUCCUUACGUAUAAAACACCAACAAUCAAUACGUAUAAAACGCCAACAAUCCAUACGUAUAAAACACCAACAAUCCAUAAGUAUAAAACACCAACAACCCAUAAGUAUAAAACACCAAAAAUCCAUAAGUAUAAAACACCAACAAUCCAUACGUAUAAAACACCAACAAUCCAUACGUAUAAAACACCAACAAUCCAUAAGUAUAAAACAACCAACAAUCCAUAAUUAUAAAACACCAACAAUCCAUACGUAUAAAACACCAACAAUCCAUAAGUAUAAAACACCAACAAUCGAUAAGUAUAAAACACCAACAAUCCAUAAGUAUAAAACACCAACAAUCCAUACGUAUAAAACACCAACAAUCCAUACGUAUAAAACACCAACAAUCCAUACGUAUAAAACACCAACAAUCCAUACGUAUAAAACACCAACAAUCCAUAAGUAUAAAACACCAACAAUCCAUACGUAUAAAACACCAACAAUCCAUAAGUAUAAAACACCAACAAUCCAUAUGUAUAAAAAACCAACAAUCCAUACGUAUAAAACUACAACAAUCCAUACGUAUAAAACACCAACAAUCCAUAAGUAUAAAACACCAACAAUCCAUACGUAUAAAACUACAACAAUCCAUACGUAUAAAACACCAACAGUCCAUACGUAUAAAACACCAACAAUCCAUACUUAUAAAACACCAACAAUCCAUACAUAUAAAACACCAACAAUCCAUACGUAUAAAACACCAACAAUUGAUAAGUAUAAAACACCAACAAUCCAUACGUAUAAAACACCAACAAUCCAUAAGUAUAAAACACCAACAAUCCAUACAUAUAAAACACCAACAAUCCAUACGUAUAAAACACCAACAAUCCAUACGUAUAAAACACCAACAAUCCAUAAGUAUAAAACACCAACAAUCCAUACGUAUAAAACUACAACAAUCCAUACGUAUAAAUUUACAACAAUCCAUAAGUAUAAAACACCAACAAUCCAUACGUAUAAAACACCAACAAUCCAUACGUAUAAAACACCAACAAUCCAUAAGUAUAAAACACCAACAAUCCAUACGUAUAAAACACCAACAAUCCAUAAGUAUAAAACACCAACAAUCCAUACGUAUAAAACACCAACAAUCCAUACGUAUAAAACACCAACAAUCCAUACGUAUAAAACACCAACAAUCCAUACGUAUAAAACACCAACAAUCCAUACGUAUAAAACUACAACAAUCCAUACGUAUAAAACACCAACAAUCCAUACGUAUAAAACACCAACAAUCCAUACGUAUAAAACACCAACAAUCCAUAUGUAUAAAACGCAAACAAUCCAUACGUAUAAAACACCAACAAUCCAUACGUAUAAAACACCAACAAUCCAUACGUAUAAAACACCAACAAUCCAUACGUAUAAAACACCAACAAUCCAUACGUAUAAAACUACAACAAUCCAUACGUAUAAAACACCAACAAUCCAUACGUAUAAAACACCAACAAUCCAUAUGUAUAAAACACCAACAAUCCAUACGUAUAAAACUACAACAAUACAUACGUAUAAAACACCAACAUUCCAUAAGUAUAAAACUCCAACAAUCCAUAAGUAUAAAACACCAACAAUCCAUACGUAUAAAAAACCAACAAUCCAUAAGUAUAAAACACCAACAAUCGAUAAGUAUAAAACACCAACAAUCCAUAAGUAUAAAACACCAACAAUCCAUACGUAUAAAACACCAACAAUCCAUACGUAUAAAACACCAACAAUCCAUACGUAUAAAACACCAACAAUCCAUACGUAUAAAACACCAACAAUCCAUACGUAUAAAACACCAACAAUCCAUACGUAUAAAACACCAACAAUCCAUACGUAUAAAACACCAACAAUCCAUAAGUACAAAACACCAACAACCCAUACGUAUCAAACACCAAGAAACAGUAAGUAUCUUACUCCAAAAAUCCAAACGUAAUAAAUAUUACUUUAUUUGUGUUCCCGAGUGGGAGGGUAGUCGAUGGUCACUACAAUUUUUAAUUACUUACCAAUACAGGAUGAGUUGUUCAGAUCUCUAGCUAUAUAUGUUACCCAAAAUAUGAAAAUUAUUCAAUAGACCACUCUGGGGGUAAAAGGUAGUUCAAACUAUGACAAAUAUGCUUAACUAGUCAUAAACAUAUUUAGCAUACCCAUCCAUAAACAUGUUAGAUGAUAAAUUUUAACAGCCACGAAGAUUAAUUAUAAUAGUAGACCCAACAUGAGUAUACAGAGACCCAUCAUGAUUAUCCAAAGACCCAACAUGAUUAUCCAAAGACCCAACAUGAUUAUCCAAAGACCCAACAUGAUUAUCCUAGUAUCAAAUACAAUAGAACCCUCUCAAUCCCAAGAACCACAACUAAGACCAUCAGUGAACGCUCCUUCUACUUCCAUGGGCCCACGUUCUGGAACCAGCUCCCCUUCCAUAUCCGUCAUUGUGAAACCUCGUCCACUUUUAAAAAGUCCCUUAAAACCCAUCUGUUUAGCUCCGCCUAUGACCUGUGAUGCACCCUCCUUGCCCUGCCUCAUUUUCUGUCUCGGGUUGAUCCUGUAGUAUAGGCCAAAACGUGCCAAAGUGUCCUCGUUUUAUAGCCAUUUUCAUUGUUUCUAUAGUAUGGUAGUUACUAUCCUAGUGUCUCAUUUUUAUUCUAGUUGGUUUACAUGUUUUUAAUAAUUGUAAAGCGCUUAGAGCUUUAAGGUAAGCGCUAUAUAAAAAUGACUAAAUAAAUAAAUAAAUUGUGAUAAGCUUAUAUGAGACAUACACAUAUUUGCGCUCCAAAAAUGUACCAGAUAACGGUUUGCCUAGUACAAUCUAAUCUACUUAUGUCCGUCAAUACUAACUAUCUAUUUGGGCAAGUAAACCUUAAGGUACUCAUGUGUGGGAUAACCUGCUGUUCUAGACUCUUGGCAAUUAAGAUUGAGAUUAAGAUUAAGAUUACUGAGACAAAAACAAUUUGUGUGAAUAAAACAAUUGACCUUAAUCUUUAAUAAUGAUUCAAAGGAUUGCAGAUGCAAACGUUUCGGCAAAUGCUUUUAUUGUAGAAUUUUUUUUUAUUUUUUUUUAAAGAUAACAAAUAAUUCCUAUAAGCAUAAUUUAACAUAAUAUUGAAAAUAUAAGAAGAAAAUAAGAAUGUGAACACUUUCGUAAAAAAAAAAAAGGGAGCUCAGAAGAAUGGAAAAGUUAUUGGUGGUGAUCAGAUUUGAAAACCAAACAGGAAAAAGACACUGCAGCUAUUUAAGGUUGUGGAUUUUGAUUAUUUAUUAUUCUCACGAAAUCAUUCAAUCGAUUAUUUCCAAAUCGAAACAUUAAUUUAUUUUUCAUUUUAAUUCUGACUUCAGAAUUAUUCGAAUACAAUACACCAGUAGCUGCAAUGUCUAAUAUUCCAUUGGGGUUAAGACUAUUGAAAUGGCUGUUUGACUUGAGCAGGUGGUAGAACCUUCUAAAUGAGAGCUAGAAAGUAAUAUCGCUGGUGUACACACUGAGUCUGCUGGAGACUCAAAACUCAAACGCAUUUCAGUUUGUGCAACUACACAUGUUUCAUUACGACUGUUGGUUGAAUACGCACUUACACGUGGAGUCUAUAAAAGACAUGUCGCGGGGCAGUAUGUCGAUACCGUUUACGGUUAUGGGGUACUAUCGAUGAGCUGGACAAGUUAUUGAUUUAAAGCACUUCUUUACAUAAUCAGUAAUGAACAGGAGUCAUCAUUUAAAAAUAGAAAAUGUAAGCCUUGCUACUUACAUAACUAGCGUAUAUAUUUUGCAUACUUACAUAACUAGCAUAUCUAUUUUGCAUACAACUAUUACACAUUCUACCACUGGUUUAAUAAGUAAGGAAUAGUUUGCUUCUUCUUGUUUCAAGAUCAAGUAAAUUUAGGAGCAUAUGGGCGUACUACUAACCUAUGUGUGUUCCGCCGUCCGUCGUGCAAGUAAGAGAGUCAUUUCUAUGAUACAGCUUGGCACCAGUGAAGUCGCAGGAGUUGUCGGAAUGUUAUAACAAUGUUAUCCGCCUUCGGGACUCCAUCUCCGGGUUUGACUUCAGAGUUUCCUUCUCUUAGAUGAGUUGCCAUCCAAGGGUUAAAGAGUGUCAUCCACCAUACUUUGGCUGGAAUCGAACCACCUACUUGAGAUUUGCUCAGUUUAAACCACACGGCCACCUAGCACCUAUUUCUAAACUUAUAAUAUAAACAUCAUUUCAUAGUAGAUUAUAAAAAUAGGCCCUCCAUUAUGCUAGUAUGUUGUCUGUAAUUUUCUUCAGUUCUACGCCAGACUACUUCAUAUGGCUGGAGAAACUCUCCUGGUUCAAGUAUUCCUACGAGAUCAUGAUGGUCAACCAAUGGGACGACUACGACACGAUACGUAGGUUGAAGUUGUGAAUCUUGUAACAUUUAAGCGAGAAAAUGGUGCAAUUUCAUGACGUCUAAGUUCAAAACUCGCCAACACUGUGGAUUUUAGUACCAAAGCCUUUAAAAUCAUCACAAUUCUCACGAGGUCAUUCAAUUAAAGUUACUGUAAUGUUGUCUUGAAAGAAGAAAUGACAAUGUUACAGAAGAAUGAUUUUGAUAAAAUAAUUUAUGAUAUUAUCACCAUGUAUAAAAAUAAAAUACGAUGCUUGCCUCCUGUCUCGCACAGCAAGUCAAACAUAACUGCAGGCUAAGGGAGUGCACUGGGUGAUGAAAAUAAAAUAUCCAGCAAUGGCCACGGUGAUGGUAAAAAUUGAGAAGUUAUACUUUGUUCGAUUAAAUAAAUUUUAUUUGAUCUGCUGUAAUAACAAUGUUGCAUUACAACAGACUGUGGUAUUUUAUUUAUGGUAUUAUGUCUGAUUGAUUAUAAAUGGUGUAUCAUAUUCUUGUCAACGCGUCCCUGUGUAUCCUUUAUAAGCGUGUGAGAACUCAACUGUGAAGAUCAACUCGAGCGUUCCAUCUUCUUGCCGGUCUCAGAACUGUCUCUACAAGAGUGGGAAGGCCAUCCUGGACUACAACAGUUUGGAUAAAGUUGGUCUACUUAUCUAGAUUGUUAUAGAUAUAUGUGUCUACUAAAAUAAUCAAUUAUUAAUGAUUGCUUACAUUAAGAAUAUUAUAAUAUAGUUAAUUAAUUUCAAUACAAACAAGUGCAUGCAAAAUGUAUGUGUCUACCAAUGGUCAACACAUGCUCUGGCCGAUUCUCAUCCUAAACGCUGUGCUUUUCUUAUUCUAAACACUGGUCACUUGACAUUCAAAAAUGGUGACCUUUUCCUCUCGCACAUACCGACUCUUUAUGAUCCAAACGCUCACCACUUCUCACGUUAAACACCGACUUCACACCCUCAACACCGAUAACUUUUCACCCUAAACACCGACCACUUCUCACCCUAAACACCGACCACUUCUCACCCUAAACACCGACCACUUCUCACCUUAAACACCGACCACUUCUCAUCCUAAACAUCGAACACUUCUCAUCCUAAACACCGACCACUUCUCACCUUAAACACCGACCACUUCUCAUCCUAAACACAGAACACUUCUCAUCCUAAACACCGACCACUUCUCAUCCUAAACACCGACCACUUCUCCCCUUAAACACCGACCACUUCUCCCCUUAAACACCGACCAUUUCUCACCUUAAACACCGACCACUUCUCACCUUAAACACCGACAACUUCUCAUCCUAAACACCGACCACUUCUCACCUUAAACACCAACCACAUCUCACCCUAAACAUCGACCACUUCUCACCUUAAACACCGACCACUUCUCACCUUAAACACCGACCACUUCUCAUCCUAAACACCGAACACUUCUCAUCCUAAACACCGACCACUUCGCAACCUAAACACCGACCACUUCUCACCUUAAAAACCGACCACUUCUCAUCAUAAACACCGACCACUUCUCACCUUAAACACCGACCACUUCUCAUCCUAAACACCGAACACUUCUCAUCCUAAACACCGACCACUUCGCAACCUAAACACCGACCACUUCUCACCUUAAAAACCGACCACUUCUCAUCAUAAACACCGACCACUUCUCACCUUAAACACCGACCACUUCUCAUCCUAAACACAGAACACUUCUCAUCCUAAACACCGACCACUUCUCAUCCUAAACACCGACCACUUCUCACCUUAAACACCGACCACUUCUCACCUUAAACACCGACCACUUCUCACCUUAAACACCGACCACUUCUCACCUUAAACACUGCCCACUUCUCACCUUAAACACCGACCACUUCUCACCUUAAACACCGACCAAUUCUCAUCCUAAACACCGACCACUUCUCACCUUAAACACCGACCACUUCUCAUCCUAAACACCGACCACUUCUCAUCCUAAACAUCAACCACUUCUCACCUUAAACACCGACCACUUCUCACCUUAAACACCGACCACUUCUCACCUUAAACUACCCACUUUUCACCCUAAACACCGAACACUUCUGACCUUAAACACCGACCACUUCUCAUCCUAAACACCGACCACUUCUCAUCCUAUACACCGACCAAUUCUCACCUUAAACACGACCACUUCUCAUCCCCCAGGACAACGUCGGUGAAGACACUGGCAUCCUGGGCGCCAUCACAUUCGGUGUGUACAUGCUGUCACUCGUGUGUCUCAUCAUCAGAGCCAGGAGAUCAAGGGAAUAAUGCUAGACGUAUUACUGUAUUACUGAUGGACUGCAACUUACAAUUUAAACUCAUGUGCUAAGGACAUUGGAAAAUGUUAGUUUCAGGGGCUAUUUAACUAGAUCUAGGUGAUCAAUGUGUUGUCUCUACGGUCAUUCAAUCUAGAACAAGUUGAUAAUCACGUUCUCUCUCUCUCUCUCUCUUUCUCAUCUCUAAUGUUACCAUAAUUUAACAACGAUGGCUUCAGUUUAUCACAUUAGCUCACUCAUUUUUAACCUUUCUUUUUAAGAAGAAAAAAAAAUGAAUAAAAAGUCAGUUUUGGGUUGGUUAAAUUUUCAUGACUUAAACUGAAACUUUCAUCCGUCUUAUAAAUGCAUGUAGAUGAUUUAAUUAAACCAGGUAAACAGCCGAGACAAUUGACUGCCGAUUGGAGAUUUAAAUACCAGUUCCCUCUUCCCAAGACCGUUGUAUUUUGAGAGAGAUAUAGAAUCAAUCACAGUGUGCCCACACCCUUGAAAUGUCAUUUCCGGAAUUCCUAAAUACAUAAGCAAAUAAUAAAAAAAAAAUGUAUUACAUUUCAGAAUGAAAAUGUGUGUUCUUUUUCCCUAACUAAUAAUUAAGUUUAAAGAACGGUCACUCUACAAAGUGUCAUUAAAUUUUUCAAGUUUUCAAAACUGUUUCUUCAGAAUUCAC